GAAGUACGCCAGCAACAUCACCUACUACUUUGACAACAUCAGCAGUGCUGAGCUCUACAGUGUGGACCAGGAGUUGCUCAAGGACUACAUCAAGAGGCAGAUAGAAUAUUACUUCAGUGUGGACAACCUGGAGCGAGACUUCUUCCUGCGCCGCAAGAUGGACUCGGAUGGCUUCCUGCCCAUCACACUGAUCGCCAGCUUCCACCGUGUGCAGGCACUGACCACUGACAUCAGCCUCAUCAUCAAGGCUCUGAAGGACAGCAAGGUGGUGGAAAUCGUGGAUGAGAAGAUCAGGAGAAAAGAGCAGCCAGAGAAAUGGGCUCUGCCUGGCCCUCCUAUGGCAGACUACACACAGACAGACUUCUCCCAGUUCAUCAACUGCCCCGAGUUUGUGCCCCGGCAGAGCUUCCAGAAAGAGACUGAAUCCGCUCCAGGCUCCCCACGUCCUGCCAGCCCAGUCCCCACCAAAACAGAGGAGGUCAGUAACCUGAAGACAAUGCCCAAGGGCCUGUCCACAAGUCUGCCAGACCUGGAUUCAGAGACAUGGAUUGAAGUGAAGAAGAGACCCCGACCUUCCCCAGCCAGGCCCAAGAAACCAGAGGAGUCAAAGACACCACAGCAGCAGAAGCAAAAGGACCAAGAUGAACCUGAGGAGCUGGACUUCCUGUUUGAUGAGGAGAUGGAGCAGAUGGAUGGCCGCAAGAACACCUUCACAGACUGGUCGGACGAAGUCGAUUACGAGAUCGACGACCGCGACGUCAACAAGAUCCUCAUCGUGACACAGACCCCUCCGUACCUGCGCCGGCACCCCGGCGGCGACCGGACUGGCAACCACACGUCCAGGGCUAAAAUGAGCUCAGAGCUGGCCAAGGUGAUCAAUGAUGGGCUCUACUACUAUGAGCAGGACCUGUGGACAGAGCAGUUUGAGCCGGAGUAUUCGCAGAUCAAGCAAGAGGUGGAGAACUUCAAGAAGGUGAAUAUGAUCAGCAGGGAGCAGUUUGAUACCCUGACCCCAGAGCCCCCCGUGGAUCCAAACCAGGAAGUCCCUCCUGGUCCCCCCAGGUUCCAACAAGUACCUACAGACGCUUUGGCCAACAAGCUCUUCGGAGUCCCUGAGCCUUCCACCAUCGCCCGCUCUUUGCCCACGACUGUCCCAGAAUCGCCCAACUACCGCAACGCCCGGACCCCCCGCACCCCGCGCACGCCGCAGCUCAAGGACCCCACGCAGACGCCCCGCUUCUACCCAGUGGUGAAGGAGGGCAGGACGAUAGAUGCCAAGACUCCACGGAAGAGGAAGACGAGGCACAGUUCGAACCCUCCAAUGGAGUGCCACGUGGGCUGGGUGAUGGACUCCAGGGAGCACAGGCCACGGACUGCCUCCAUCAGCUCCAGCCCCUCGGAGGGGACCCCGGCCGUCGGGAGCUACGGCUGCACCCCGCAGUCCCUGCCCAAGUUCCAGCACCCCUCACACGAGCUGCUCAAGGAGAACGGCUUCACACAACACGUCUACCACAAGUACCGGCGGCGCUGCCUUAACGAGCGAAAACGACUGGGCAUUGGUCAGUCCCAGGAGAUGAACACGCUUUUCCGGUUCUGGUCCUUCUUCCUCCGAGAUCACUUCAACAAGAAAAUGUAUGAGGAGUUCAAGCAACUGGCUGUGGAGGAUGGGAAGGAGGGGUACAGGUACGGUCUGGAGUGCCUUUUCAGAUACUACAGCUACGGGCUGGAGAAGAAAUUCCGGCCAGACAUAUUUAAGGACUUCCAAGAAGAGACCAUCAAGGAUUAUGAAGCUGGGCAGCUCUAUGGGCUGGAAAAGUUCUGGGCCUUCUUAAAAUAUUCCAAAGCCAAAAAUCUGGACAUUAACAGCAAACUGCAAGAAUACCUCAGCAAGUUCAAGCGCCUCGAGGACUUCCGAGUAGAUCCACCCAUGGGGGAGGAAGGUGGACACAAGAGAUACCCUACGACGUCAGGGGGUGAUGGCAGGAAGCGCUACCCAUCCCAGUCUUCCAGCAAAACGGUCAGCCAGUGCCCAUCCAGCCAAGCCCACGCCUCAGCCAGCCAGCCUGCACAAGAGGAUGCCAAAAACCUGAGCCAGCAAUCCCCUGCCCCAUCAGCUGCAGAGUCGCAGACAGUGGGGAAGUAGAGAGGCUGCAGCGUCUGCUUCCUGCCGGGGGGUGGGUUGGUGGGGAAUGGCUUGGAGAAGGGCAGACAUGAGGGGGUGGGACAGGAAGGGAGCUGGAAGGUGGGUUCCCAGGAAUAGGCUGCUUGGGAGAAACUUCAACGCACACGAUUUUCUUCUCUUGUGGCUGGAAAGCAAAGACGAUCUGCAUCCAAAACACCAUUUUGCUAUUAUUACCCUGACUAGAGCCAGACCCGCUCCCAGCAGACCCACCCUUCCCUUUCCCUCUCCUCCUGUGCACACACUCAUGUCUUAGUGUCUCUUCAAAAUGAAAUGUGUUCUGGCUGGGUUGGAAAGGGGAGAUUUUUUUAUUAUUAUAUAUAUAUAUCAAGUUUUAAAUUAUUGCUAGAAGUUCGUCUGGAUUUACCAAAACAAGUCUGCUCUGUGUGGCCCCCAACGAGUCCCCUGUGUGUCCCCCUCGGAUGGCGGGGCAGCCGCUCAGGAAGCUCGGAGGAGCGAGGUUCCCCAGUGGGGGACCGAAGCCACAGCGUGUGCCGAUGCUGCGGAGCCUCUGACCUCCAUGACCCGGCUGGCGUCUCCCAUUCCAGCGCGGCGGUGCCUCCCUCUGCGACGCCGACUGCGCGCCAGGAGCAUCGCCCUGCUCCUUCUCCCGCUCCCUUCUCCCCAGCGUCUUCACCUUCCCGAGGGUCUGGCUCUCCCUCUGUCCACCUCUCCCUUCCGUCACGGACAAUUUGGAAGUCAACCAAAGGACCUUUGCCAAGGAUUGGCUUGUUGUGACUCCUUCCUGUGAGGAUGGCUGGUUGGGAGGCUGGCAAGCACCUGGACUCGAGCCUGCGUGGACGGUGCACCUGCUGCCCCAGGAACACCCAUCUCUUGCAAAGACAGGACUUUGCUGAAGGAGCUUUUCUCUUCCUUUUCCCUUGGAAAAAAUGACAUAACAAAAAAAAAAAACCCACAACCCCCUCUAAAACAACA